AUGUUCAAUUCAGAUAGCGACUCUGAUACCGGCACUGGAUGGUCUAAUUUAUCAUUCUCUAAUAUUUCUUUCGAAAACAUGAAAGAUAAAACUCUCUGGAAUGUCAAUGACUGGGAUUUAGUCACCACAACACCUUUUAAAGUCUUCGAUGUUGAUAAAUCCCAGUUCUACUGCGAGUUUAAUAAACAUAAAAGCAACAAUCUUGUUUUUAAAUUCAAACUUUUGAAGGGACCACCAUCAAAAGUCGGAAUUAAAAUAGAAAUCAUCGACCAAACAAAUAAAGAUGAAACAACAUCUCGAUUUAGACAGAUAAUGUUCGAAAAUAACCAAGAAUUUUAUACGUUUGAUACAUCGAUCUCAAUUGAAACGGUUGAUGAGAUGACAUAUAAAAAUAAUCUGAAGAUUUUAUUCCAAUUUACUACUUCCAAGAUCAGAAAUUCUAAAAAUAAUUCUGCUUUCGCAAAAAUUGUCCAACCUCCAGUACGCAUGUCUCCAUUAAGCAAAAAAGUCAAUAAAAACGAGAUACAAACAGCUAAUUCUCCAAGUAAACCAACCAAAUCUGUAAAUGAACCCAAAAAUUCUGAUUUUGAAAAACGUAUCAAAGAAAUUCAACUCAAAUUACCUUACAAAGCAAAAGAAACAGAACAACAAGUAAAAAUACCAUCACCACUUCCUCAAAAAGAAAAAAUACAAAAAUCAAAUACUGAUAUAUCAAAAAAUACAAUAAACAAACAAGGGUUUCAAAUCAAAGAAAGCAUAAAAGAUGAAAAUGAGUCAUUUGAAGGCUUUCCAAAACCUUUUGAAGAUAAUGAUUUUCCUGAUACUCCAAAACGCGAAACACCAAAGAAAAUACAGAACUCACCAAUAUAUGUGUCUGAUAGCUCAUCCACAACCCCAGCAAAAACAGGUUUCAACGGAAUUAUAAAUCAAGGCAAUACUUGUUAUAUGAAUAGCUACUUGCAAGCCUUAUUUCACAUACCAGCCUUUCGAUCUCUUAUAUAUCAUAUUGAUACAUCUGAUGUAAAACCAAGGGAAAAAUCAAUUCCCUUUAGUUUACAAAAACUCUUCGCUUCUCUUCAACUUGGAACAUCUCCAGCAUCUACAAAAGACCUAACAAGGGCUCUCGGAUGGUCAGAAUUUGAAAUCAUGGAACAACAUGAUAUUGAAGAGUUUGCAACUAAGUUGUUAGAUGUUUUAGAAGCAAAAUUGAAAGGAACAAAGUUUCAAAAUGCUAUUGCUGAUCUUUUUAAAGGUAUUUCAACUUCAAUUUUCGAUUGUACAAAAAUUGAUUUCAAAUCAUCGACUGAUAACACUUUUUAUGACCUCCAAAUGACAGUACAAAAUAUCCCAUCCCUUAGAGAAUCCUUCAAUCUAUACACACAGGCAGAAGAUUUGGUUGGAGAAAGUCAAUAUGAUACAGAGAUCCAUGGAAAGCAAGAUGCGAAGUAUUGUACAAAGUUUAAGCAUCUUCCGAAGGUUUUCUGCCUUCUUCUUAACAGAUUUAUAUCAGAUUCAAGAGGAACUCACAAAUACAACUCAAAAUUUGAAUUUGAAACCGAAAUAGACCUCAAACAGUACAUGGUAGAGAACUGUGACCCAAAGGAGGAAACAAAUUACCAAUUAUACGGAGUUUUAGUUCAUUCUGGAUCUUCUUAUGCCGGACAUUAUUAUUCGUACCUAAAAAUAGCCGAUGAAUGGUACAAAUUUAACGAUACAGCCGUUACCCGAUCAACUGAAGAAAUGGCCGUAAAAGAUAAUUUUGGAGGACCAUGGUAUUCAACUUCCUUAUCGUAUAUGAGCGUGAUCACUCCAUCAAAGGAGAAACCAUAUUCUGCUUACGUUUUGAUCUACAUUCGAAAAGAUUCUUUUAAUGAACUUUUUUAUCCAAUUUCCAACGAUGAAAUCCCAGACCAUGUGAUAAAGCAUGAAUCACCAAUUAGUUCUCCGCAGCAUAAUCCUCAUUUUUCAUUUGAAGACAAAGAAUAUUAUUUAAUAAGUGAGUCUUCAUUGAAACAGAACGCGAAAAGCUAUCAUCAAAUAGAUCUACAUAACACUGAAAACGCUAUUUUGAUGAAAGUCAAACCUUAUUUGAUAACAAUCGACGAAUUUAUUGAUGAAGUGGCCACAGCAGUAAACAUGAAACCAUAUGAGAUCAGAGUAUGGAGUAUCAACGAAGAAACAGGUAGAAUUAAUAGUUUAAUUACAAGAUCAGAUGAUACGGCCGAUUCUCUCAAAGAAAAGACAUUUUUCGUUGAAUUUGUGAAAGACAAUGAAGAAAUAGAGUACAAAACCCUAUUUUUGUCUUAUUUCUUCUCUCCAAGAUUAUCAUCUCCAUUUACUUUUAUGAAGAAGAUGCUAAUUAAUGCAUCAAUUACAACUUUCGAUGACCUGAUUGUAGAAAGUCGAAAAAUUUUGAAUUUGGAAGAUAAUGUUGAAAUGGUCGUUUUUUAUUUGACAGAAAAUGGCCAAUUAAUACAAACCGAUCCAUCUUCAAUUGUUUCUGAUUCCUGCAAGGAUAAUGGAACAACUUUGGUUUUCCAGUGUAAAAAUCCUUUAGAAGCUCCAUUAUCUAAGUUUGAAUUGGAGAUAUCUUCAGAUUUAGAGAGCGAUGAUGGUUUUGAGGUAGAACCAACUAAGAAACCUGCUUUUGAUAUAUCAUUUAGCCCAGGAAUGAACGCUAUUGAUAUCAUCAAACAAAUUAACGCAAAUAGGAAGCAUUAA